UACAGUUGACAGUGAGAAAAUAUUGAGACUGACUCGAUAUACCUACUAAUUAAAUAGACUUUUGGUGAAAUUAAUUUUUAAUAUGUUAAUUCUUUAUUUAGUAGUUAUUCUUUUUAUUUUUUUGGUCGCCUUAGACCGGCUAUUAAAAAAUGAACAAUUCGAAAAAAUCCCCGGCCCAAGUGGAUUAUUUUUAGUGAACAAUACUUUGGAUGUGAUAAGAGAACCUGUUCGAUUAAUUCGUUACUUAACACAUUUGUCAAGUAAAUAUAAAGAUAUAUUUAGAUUACGAGUUGGUCUCAAAAAUGUUGUAAUAAUCUGUAAUCCGGAUGACGUUCAGGCCCUCAUAAAUGGAUCUAAGUACAACGGCAAAGGGUUUGUUUACGACUUUAGUCGCCCUUGGCUUGGAGAUGGAUUGCUUUUGAGUGACGGAGUAAAAUGGCACCAGCGGAGAAAAAUUCUCACUCCUGCGUUUCAUUUCAAUAUACUAAAAAAUUUCUAUUCCAUACUUUUGGACAACUCUGAAAUACUUUUGGACAGAAUAGAAACUGAGGUUUCACAGCCUAGAACUGAGAUACUAGACAUAGUUUCAGACUACACUCUCAGAUCGAUAUGUGAGACAGCUAUGGGCACAAAGUUAGAUGAAGAAACAACAGAUUUCGGAAUUACUUAUAAGAAUUCUUUAAGCUCUUUAGGAACAUUAUCAGUGCUCAGGGCGCAGCGAGUUUGGCAGUAUUCAGAUCUAAUAUAUAACUUAACCAGCCGAGGUCAAGAAUUUCAUAGUACAUUAAAAACUACACAUGAAUUUCGAGACAAGGUAGUUAAUAGACGAAUUGAUGAUUUGUGUUCUAAAAAUAUUAUACGUUUUGAUGAUGAUGAAGAUAAUGAUAGGGUUGAGAUAUAUGGGAAGAAGAAGUUGGCAAUGUUGGAUUUACUGUUAGAAGCUGAAAAACGAGGAACUAUUGAUAGAAGUGGUAUAAAUGAAGAAGUGGAUACUUUUAUGUUUGAGGGACACGAUACGACGGCGACAGCUCUUCAAUUCACUUUUAUGAUAUUGGCUAAUAAUCAAGAAAUUCAGGACAAAAUAGUCGAAGAAUGCAACGCAAUCCUCGGGUCGUCUGAUGCUUUACCUACUAUGAACGAUCUGACGCAGAUGAAAUACUUAGAUUGUUGCAUUAAGGAAAGCUUGAGAAUGUAUCCGCCUGUUUUCUUUAUAAGCAGAACGAGUGAUGGACCCAUAAAGCUAAAUGAUUAUGAAUGCCCGAAAAGAACCGAUGUAUCAAUAGCGCUUCGUGAACUACACCUCAGAAGUGACCAAUUCGUGGAGCCGUAUAAAUACAACCCGGAUAGGUUCCUGCAGGAGCCGACGUGGCAUCAGUUUGCCUAUAUACCGUUUAGUGCUGGUCCCAGGAAUUGUAUAGGUCAAAAGUUUGCUAUGAUGGAGAUGAAGUUAGCCGUCUGCAUGGUGCUACGCCGAUAUCGAGUGUUGCCUGUUACUAAACCCGAAGAUAUAAUAUUUGAUUUUCAUUUUACUUUGCGUUCUAAAGACCCUAUUUUUGUGAAAUUUGAAAAGAGAUAAACGGCAUCAUUUGAUUAAAUAUAAUAAAUGGUUAUCAAUUUUG